AUAAAACUAGCGGAUUCUCAGAGCGAGAAUGCCGUGUUGAUUGGGCCCGAAGGAAUGAGGCGAGGCUGGAAAGAUGCGCGCUGAUUCGUUAUCGGAGUUUGCUUGUCUGUGUGUGUGUGUGUGUGUGUGGAUCGAUCGAUCAAUUGACGUUGGACGAAAAGACGCCGCGUAAACAGAGCUGUUAAUAUUAGAGCGUGUUGAGCGAUUCUAAUAGCGGAGAAUCUUUUUUUUUUUUUUUGGGCGACGCUGAUGUGGAUUGAGUUUCAAAGCGUUCCUCGCGCUUAUCAAUCGUUGUGGAGCUUAUCUUCGAUUACGCGAGCGCUGAUAGUGCUAAUGGGUUGUAUUAUUCAAACUUCAUUAGUUUUUACAUCGAAGUCGCCACCAGUGAGCUAACGAGCCUGUUUACAAAAAAAACAAAAACAAAAAAAAAGAACGUUUACCCUAUUGCCUCCAAAUUCUCCUUAUCAUAGCAGAAAGUCCAAAAAUUAACCCUCCAAACAACAAUAUUGACCCCCCGUGUCGCAGGUGGGCCGAUGCGAUCAAGCAAUUACACGCGACAUCCGCGCGGCUCUGACACAUCCUCUAGGCUCUAAUUGCAAGGACGUUAUUAAAUUCCCGGAGCAAGAAUAAGUGAGACUCGACUGAUGAUGUCGCGUGUUUGCCGCGAAAACAUUCGAGCCCUUAUCGUCGCCGGCUGUCGUCGGGAAAAAAUACGUCGGCUACCGCGCUGUCAUUUGCUAUGACGUUUAAUUGCAGGUGUGAGACACUGAAAAUUCGAUACCUGAGGGUGUAUUCAACGAUGAAACCUCGUACGCUGCAGUACGUGAGCUUGUCUGUGCCAACUCGAUGAUAUAGAGACAUCGUGUGUUUUCGAGUUUAUUAGUGUAUUAGAGUUUUUUUCACGUCGAGCGAUGGAUCUCCGGGCGUGUCUGGUUCUGGUGACGCAGUUCUGGUGGGGCAGCUUGACGCUGGGCAAGAGGUACGACAUCCUGCAGAACAACGAGAUAUCCUGGAUCUCAGAGGAGAACCUCACGGUGGUCGUCGAGUACAGCUUUCCGGAAUCGAGAUGCUGCAUCGUACACGUUCGCAAAAGUAAAGGAACGAAGAUUGCGUAUAACGUUACGAAGAGUCGUUAUUUUCCGAUUUUUAAUUGCGCAGAUGCCACGAGGACGGAGCAGACGAUGCUCAAGUGGUUCUCCACUAAUUACAGAGGUCAGGAGUACUUGACGAGAAGAAAGACGUACGUGUGCGCGGAUCAUCUCUUGAUUUCGUCGAACAGCAGUGAAUUGACGAAUUCGUUGAGGAGUAUACCAGUGGCUGAGGCGUCGACGAGGAUACUCGUGUUGAUCGAUUCGAGAUUAGAGGUGAGCUCGGUUAUCUUCAACGCUUCGAUCUACGUUAAUUCGAACGUGAAUUUGUUGUGCCGGAACGGCUCGUACGUUCUGUCCGAGAAUUAUCUGGAGCCUCGGAGGUUCAAGAUCAUAAGUAGGUUUAAGGAAUUGCAGAGAAAGACGGGAAUCGCUGAUUUUCAAGGUAGAGCGAUUCAAGCGUCGACGUACUACAGCCCUCCGUUCAGUUUCCUGAAAAGUACCGUCAACAAGACCAUCGGAGGAGUGUCGGCUGCAGUAUUUGUACCAGUCCAAGAGAAAGAGAUCGAUGGAAUCGAACUGAAUAUUUUUAUGAUAAUCGCCAAAACCUUGAACUUCACCUACACGAUAAGAAAGCCGAUCGGUCGUUACAAUCACGGCAGGAAGUAUAACGACACGGUGUGGAUCGGUGGUAUGGUAGGCCAGAUUGUCAGAAAAGAGGUCGAUCUAGCCUUCAGCAACAUCUGGAUAAACCUGGACAACUCGCAGUUCGUCAACCUGACGAAGCCCUGGACGCAGGUUUUCCUCCACUUCCUCGUGCCUCGACCGAAAGCCUUCACAAGCUUCUGGGCCUUGACAAGGCCCCUCUCCCCCUCCGUCUGGUUCGUUAUCCUCGGAGCUCUGGGUCUCAAGACUAUCUACAUCUACGCCAAAGCGAAAAUCAACCCUCUGGUGCCCAAAAGGUUCAGGAACGUCGUGGUGACGUUUACCGAGUUGUUGGGCCGCAUGUUGGGCACCUGGUUACCGCCUAUCGCGCCUCAAGUCAGACUGCAGUUUAUACUCUGGGAACUGGCGGGUUUCUUGAUCGUCACCAUCUACUGCAGUAGUUUGGCUGCGAGACUGACUAAUCCGGACUUCGAGCAGAGGAUAGAUACGGUCAGGCAGUUUAUCGAGAAGAAACUCACCUGGGGAAGGGAGAUCACGGCUCCCCAUUUUAAGGAAUACUUCGAUUUGUCCGACAAGUGGGCCAAGCAGAUGCCAAGCCGGUUCAUCUUGGAAAAGUCUUCGGAAGAUAGGAUGAAUCGAAUUUUUCAGGGUAACUACGGUGUCAUCGGGAGAAUCGUCGGCGACGUUUAUUAUCCCGAAAACAGCGUCACCAACGAAGCUUUGGAGGUCCUGAGAGUCAUGAGGAAUCCGGUGGGCCAGUUCUACACGGGCUUUGCAGUCCAGCCUUGGCUACUGGAACCCGUGAAUACGGUGAUGAUGCGACUGAAGGAGUCAGGGAUCAUACUUUACCAAAUGGUGCACGUGGUGCACCGUCGAACUGGGACACACCUGAGGGAAGUGUUCAUCGAGCACGACAAUAUAGAUUUCAACAAGUUCAUCGAUUUGGCGAUCAAUCCUCUGGGAGUUGGCUUCGCUAUAUUGAUUUUUGGAUUGUUACUGGCCACUCUGGUGUUUUACUCGGAGGUUCGGGCUGUGCAGGGCAAGGCGACGUUUCUGGAAACUUUGAGGGGUAUCAGAAGAAGACAGAUGUCGGAGACUUAUGUUACGUUAAGAAACGAGUCAAUGUGAUGCUAAUACCAUAGAUAAAUUUUUUUAAUGAAAUCAUUCGUUACCUAAUUCUUCUUAAAGCAUCGAUUUCGAUAACUGUGCCAAGACCGACAAUUUCCAGCGGUAAUAAUCAAUAUACAUAAACUUUCACUCGGCGGCGCCAAAUGAAAUAAACAAACCGAAUAUCGAUCGCCCGAUAA